CGAGCAGGAGCUCUGUCGUCAGCGCAGACUGCUGGAGCUCCACCACAUAGUCCUCCCCCAACAUUGGCUGACUGAAGAGGAAGAUCUCUGCAACCAGCAGAGAAAUUUCCGAGUGGAACAGAAGGAACUAAAACCUACACGGAUGAAAGAGGAACAGGAGGAAGGACAAGAUCCACAGAUUGAAGAGGAACAAGAAGAACUCUGCAUCAGUCAGAAUGAGGAUAUGCUUAAUCUGAAGCAGGAGACUGAUUUCUUGUUGGAGAUUCCUACUUCUGAGGAACAUGAAGCAGAUCCGAAUCCUCAGCUUAGCUUUGAUGUAACUGAUCGUCAGGAUGAAGAGUUGCUUGAUCUGAAACAGGAGAUUGAUACUUUGAUGGAGAUUCCCAUUACUGAGGGAAUUGAGAACAGUGAAGCAGAUCUAAACAAUCAGCAGAGCUUUGAUGAUAGUCAGGAUGAAGAAGGAAACCAACAUGAAGAAUCAACAUCAACUCCAGAUGAAGAGACAGACCCACAGAACAGAAUCAACUCUCACAUGUCAGAAGGUCAGUGUGACUCUGAUGUUAGAAAAAACUUCAAGACGGAAACUUUGGUUAAAGAACACAAGAAUUCUCCAAAAAGAAAAAGACCUUCCAAUAUACAGUUUGAUGAAAGAACAAAAGUUGCAAACAGUGUAAAUGUAAAGAUGAAAACUGAAUCUGAUGAAAAAUCUCAUAUCUGUAAAGAAUGUGGUAAAAUAUUUAAUCACUUGUCUCAGGUCAAAACACACAUGAGAAGCCAUACGAUAGGGAAGCGAUUUUCUUGCAAAGAAUGUGAUAAAACUUUUAGUCAAAAAUUUAAUCUCAAUAUUCAUGUGAGAACUCACACAGGAGAGAAGCCUUUUUCUUGUACAGAGUGUGAUAAAAGUUUUAAUAAUCCAAAAAGUCUCAUACCACACAUGAGAAUUCAUACAGGAGAGAAGCCCUUUUGUUGUAAAGAAUGUGAUAAACGUUUUAAAGAAUUAGGCCACUUGAAAAGACACAUGAAAACCCAUACAGGAGAAAAGCCCUUUUCAUGUACAUUAUGUAAUACACGUUUUACUCAAAGAUCUAGUCUCAAAACACACAUUGUGAGACUUCACACUGGAGAGAAGCCUUAUUCUUGUAAAGAAUGUGAUAAAAGUUUUAGUGAUCUAUUUUGUCAGAACUCACACAUGAGGACUCAUGAAAGAAAAGCUGCUUUCUUGUAAAGAAAUUGGUAGACGUUCUAGUCAAAUAUCUGGAAUCAUGCAUGAGAACUCAGACAGGAGUGAAGUCCAUUUUUGUCAAAUCUGCAAAAAAGGUUUUGGUCAAAUGUCUAAUCUCAAAGCACACAUGAGAACUCAUAUAAAAAAGGAGGCUUUUUCUAGUCUAACAAUUAAGUAAUAAUUCUCAACUUAAGAAACAGUAAAAUUGUAGGAUUAAAUCAGGAUCAGCUUUAACUGAAUAAAAAACAGAUUGUAAAUUUAAUUUAAAUAUACUUUUACCAAAGUAAAAUUAAGACCAAUACAAAAAGUCACAAGACAUUAUUUGCUGCAAGUUAACUGGAAAUUUUGCAUACACGAUGAAGACAAAUCAAAUUUAACCAGACAAACUGAGCUUUUACUACAUGAACACAAACAGACUCCAUACUACAGCACAUCAAUGCAAUAGUUCAGCUAAAAGAAGGCAGAAGUGAGUAUAGAAUACAAUGAAAUGAAGGAUUCUUACGCGCAAACUGACAUCUUGUUUCCUGAUAUAUUAUUGAAAAACACUUUUUUGAAAUUGAUUCACAUUUCAAUGUAUGUACAAUAGGUUUCACUGUUUAAAAUGAUUUAAUCUUCAUCUACUUAAUGACUUACUCCUGGUUGUAGUGUAUGAUGAUACAAUGUGUAUGUUGCCAUGACGGCACUAGAAGUAUUUUGUAUUUAACACUUUUUCAAGUGGUAGUUGAACGUUUCUUUGUUGUUUAAAAAAAGUAGUGACUGCCGUCUAUAUUUUUUGGGUCAUGUGAGCAAGUAAUUUCUUUUAGGAUUUUUUUUUUCCAGAAAUGUAAAUAAAAGUGAAUAUAGAAAUUGGCUGAAGAUCUAGUAGAUGUUAAACUGUUCUAUUUAAUUUUCAGUGUUCUAUUCUAAUAUUUGCUGUGAACAAUAAAGUGGAUGUGAACAUCAA